AUGUUCCAAGAGCAUUAUGAUGCCCUCUUCUCCAUGGAUUUUGUGGAAACCAAGUACCCACAUGACAAAACCAUGAAGGGGCUUGGGAUCUUUGAUGAUGUGGAAUUGGUGCUCAAGAACAUGCACUUGGCAUGGUUCCUCUCUCAUAGGAUGGAGUCAUACAAGGAGCUCACUUGUGAGUUCCUAGAUUCAUUGAGGUAUCACCGGUAUGAAGAAGAGGAUCGAGCUUAUUUAGAUCAAGGGUUGGGAUGGAUCACAUUCUUGGCUGAUGGAGUUAAGAAGGAGGUCACAUUUAGCCAGCUUGAGAUCUUGUUUGAUUUCAAUUAUGGGGAAGGAACUGAGUGGAAGUUCAAGAAGAGAGAGCUCCAAAGUGUUUGGACUACAAUCGUUGAAGGAGUUUACUCAUCCUCAAGGUCCAAGAAUGCUCAAAUCAGGAGCCCAGUUUUAAGAUAUGUGCACAAGGCGCUUGCCAACACCUUCUUUGCAAGAAAGGCAACAUGCAAAAUCACUGAAGGGGAGCUACAACUACUUGAUAUGGGGAUCAAACCAAUCCUCCCUUGA